UCUUCAACGACCCGGUGACGAUGCCGCCCACCCACUCACAGCCCAGGUGCUGCGGGAGUUAGAGGAAUGUCUGUCAUUCUCCAGCCUCUGUCUCCCUCGUUUUUUUUCCCCCCUUUUGUCUUUUUUCUCGCCGUUUUCUCUCGCAUCCCAGCCACCAGUUCUGAUUUCCUCAACCGGCUUUUCUUUUUGUUUCAUCUCUGCUUCAGAGCCGAGAAAGGACCAUGAAUCUGAGCUCUGUCUGCUGUGAGUAAUCUGCUGAUGCUGUGUCUUUGCCGUUCAUCUGAGUGGAAGCAGUGUGAUGUGCUGGUACUUCUCCCUUCUCUCGCUCGUGGGUGAUUUUCGGUAUUCAGACAACCCAGUGUGUUAGGACGUGUCCCUCUCAUCAUCACUGGGCAGCCCAUGCACAUGCACGACACCAUGGGUAGCUCCCCCGAGGUGCUCUCGUGGACUUCUUGCCCUAGUCUGCUGGUGGGCAAGCUGAAGGAGGAGCUGAAACUCACUGUGGUUGGGGACGCCAUGAAGAAAUCAAACUCGCCCAAUUCCCAACCCCAGCCUCCUCAGGCUCCACUCUCGAACUUACCUCCUCAGAUUAUAACAGACCUUGCCCCGCCGACACACCUGCCCGUUCCCCUGCAGACCCUGCAGACGCCCGGACAGGAUGAGGAGUCUGUGUUGGGAGGUAUUAGCCCAGCGAACACGGCCUUGAGCGUGGACUCCACACGAAGCGAAGGCGGACACUUUGACAACAGUGUGCUGCAGCUGCAGGAACAAGAGCACGAGGAAGCCGGGUCGCCGGCGUCCUGUGAACAUGGAGGGUGUGGCAGUGGCAUGGAUGAACAGACAGGAGAAGGGGACUGUCCCAUGGACCACAAUGGAGAGGGGAGACCGAGCCACCCACAUCACCCUGAUGACAUCAAGCUGCACUUCCAUAGAGCAGGGCCUGGGUCAGGGGGCUUCUUGGAGGGGCUGUUUGGUUGUCUUCGGCCUGUCUGGAACAUCAUAGGGAAGACAUACUCGACCGAAUACAAGCUGCAGCAGCAAGACAUGUGGGAGGUUCCGUUUGAGGAGAUUUCAGAGUUGCAGUGGCUGGGCAGCGGAGCACAGGGAGCUGUCUUCUUGGGAAAGUUCCGCUCUGAGGAGGUGGCCAUUAAGAAAGUGCGAGAGCAGAAGGAGACGGACAUUAAACACCUGCGAAAACUGAAGCAUCCCAAUAUCAUCAGCUUCAAGGGUGUGUGCACCCAGGCACCUUGCUACUGCAUCAUCAUGGAGUACUGUGCACAGGGCCAGCUGUAUGAGGUGCUGAGGGCGGGGAGGAAAGUGACCCCUAGACUGUUGGUGGACUGGGCCUCAGGCAUCGCCAGUGGCAUGAACUACCUACACCUGCACAAGAUCAUCCACAGAGAUCUCAAGUCUCCCAAUGUUUUGGUCACCCACAACGACACUGUGAAAAUCUCUGACUUUGGAACAUCCAAAGAGCUCAGUGACAAAAGUACAAAGAUGUCCUUUGCGGGAACAGUGGCAUGGAUGGCUCCAGAAGUGAUAAGAAAUGAGCCUGUGUCUGAAAAAGUAGACAUCUGGUCAUUUGGUGUUGUCUUAUGGGAACUGCUUACCGGAGAGAUUCCCUACAAAGAUGUUGACUCCUCUGCCAUCAUUUGGGGUGUUGGCAGUAACAGUCUUCACCUUCCUGUCCCCUCCACCUGCCCAGACGGGUUUAAAAUCCUUAUGAAGCAAACAUGGCAAGGCAAGCCCAGGAAUCGACCUUCUUUUCGUCAGAUUCUUCUACAUCUCGACAUUGCCUCUGCUGAUGUUCUAGGAGCUCCUCAGGAGACCUACUUCAAGUCUCAGGCAGAAUGGAGGGAGGAAGUGAAGAAGCAUUUUGAGAAGAUCAAAAGUGAAGGCACUUGCAUCCACAGGCUGGACGAGGAGCUGAUCAGACGCAGGAGGGAUGAACUCAGGCAUGCACUGGACAUCCGGGAGCAUUAUGAGAGGAAACUGGAGAGAGCUAACAACCUCUACAUGGAGCUCAGUGCCAUCAUGCUGCAGCUGGAGGUCCGAGAGAAGGAACUGAUGAAGAGAGAGCAAGCAGUGGAGAAGAAAUAUCCUGGGACCUACAAGCGCCACCUGGUCCGGCCCAUUGUCCGGUCCAACGCUGUAGAGAAGCUCAUCAAGAAGAAAGGAAGCAUUUCACAUAAACCUGGGAUGCCUCCCACCAAAAGGCCAGACUUGCUUCGCUCUGAUGGCAUCCCCAGCGUUGACCCUCUCCCCUCCCCCUCACCUCUGUCUGCCAGCCCAAAGGUCUCCACGCCUCCUGGCAAAGCCCGCUACCGAAGCAAGCCUCGUCACCGCCGCGCCAACAGUAAAGGCAGCCACAGUGAGUUCUCCGCCGUGCUGAAACCUGUCAUUGGGGCACCGGAGGACACCCAGUCUCUCCAGGAGCAAACAUUCCACCAUCACCACCAUCACCACCACCACCUCCCACCCACCGAGGGGCCAUUUCUCCCCCUGAAAGGUCGUGAGGAGGCCGUUGUCAACUGUGCCAACAACCUGCGCUACUUCGGCCCCGCCGCUGCCCUCCGUAGCCCCCAGACUGACCACAUGCAGCGCCGUGUUUCUGGCUCCAGCCCUGACCUCAUUUCCACUGCUAUGGAUGCAGACACGCGACAACGGACUUCAUCCACCAGCUCCAAUCCUGUACCAGGUGCCGGUGCUGGUUCUUUAUGUCCCUGCUGCCAGGCUCACCCCUUCCCUGGCUGCCUACAUUGUCAGGAGACCCCUCCUGCAUCAAACCACCCAGAGUUGCCCCAUUACUCCCUGCUUAACACCAAAGAAAGCACCCAAACUUCUUCAGGGGCACCCAACAAAGACACAGCCUCGGAUGGAGAGGGAACAAAGAAGUCUGAGCCACAGGAGCAGGAUGCAUCCCAGCAGACACAUACCAUGCCCACUGCACUGCCCCGCACUCUCAGACCGCUCAGGAAGGGUGGUGAUGAGUCGUCUGAAGAAGAAGAGGGAGAGGUGGAUAGUGAAGUGGAGUUUCCAAGGAGACAGAGACCUCAUCGCUGUAUGAGCAGUUUCCAGUCCUACUCCACCUUCAGUUCAGAGAACCUGUCAGUGUCUGACGGGGAGGAGGGAAACACCAGUGACCACUCGCACAGCGGACCCCUGGAGAGGCUGAGCGCCAGUCAGGAGGAGCACCUGGACGAGCUGCUGUCACACACACCAGACAUCCCCAUCGACAUCUCCACCCAGUCAGACGGCCUCUCUGACAAGGAGUGUGCUGUCCGCAGAGUGAAGACACAGAUCUCGCUGGGAAAACUGUGCUCAGAUGAACACAGCUAUGAGAACCCGCUCCAGUUCGGGGACUCGGACUGUGAUUCGUCAGAAGCCGAGUGCUCCGAUGCCACCAUUAGAAACAACAAAGUCGGGGCUCCUUCCUCGUGGUGAAACUCGCCCCGGGGCUCGGCUCUGUUUUUGCCUGGAGGGCCAUCAUGUUCCACUCUGCUCUGCAGAAAAUACAGCAAUAAGAGGACACCAUUGUAAACAAAGCUCCCUAUAGCAAAGUCCAAUGUAAGCUCUCCCAGAAACCCCCUCCUCCUCCCCUUCCCCUUCCGUCAUAAAACCCCAUCCGCCCCUCAUUGAGCACAGCAUCCAGGCGACCCAUAUGGCAGGGAUUCCCUUUUGAAUGAUAGUGUACAGUAGAUAGUUUAACAUUCAUAAUUUAUUUUUGUCUGAGUUUUGAAGGAAAAUUCAGGACCUCUAAGUUUUCUGAUCUGAACAGAGAAAAAAAACUGACAUUUUGAAACUAAGCAUGGGCUAAGUGUGUGCUGGGAAGAGACUAAGACUGGGUAAGGAUGAUAAUGAGAGAGAAAAUGUGUUGAAGCGUUGAUGUAUCGGAGGCGGACAGCUAACAGUGGGGAGUGGCACAGCUGCAAUAGUCGGUCUCACAGGUGAGUGACCCAGACGAGGAGCAUCACUACAAGCCUUUAUCUGGCUGCCGUUGCUUUCAACAUGUUGCUGUCUUGGAAGGAAAUCCACAAACAACAAGCAAUCUCUCUUACUAAAGUUCGACCAACCUGCUUUACUAUGAGUUUACAGCGCAGAGCCCCAGUACCCCACCUCCUCCACUUCCAUUCUGUCCCCAUUGUUACUAACAUGGGGAACAAGGAGCUCAUGGAAAACAGCGUGAACACCAGCAUGAACAACCUGCCUCGCAACUGGACUUUCUCCCUCGCUAAAACCACCGUACGUGUCUCAUCAUCGGAAUCCCCACGUAGCUGUCAAAGCAUGCCCUGUGCAGCAAAAGCUGCCCAAAGACUGCAUGAAGUGGACAAGCUAGCAGAGCAAUGGAUGAAGACUCAGCUGACGGCUAAGAAAAAAAAAACCAACUCUUCGUCUCUGAACCUGCUCAUCACUACGACACGUCAUCAUCAUUCGCAAUCAGAUGUCACAACCAGAUGGAGUUAUCUGUAUGUGUGUGUGUGUGUGUGUGUGUGUGUGUGUGUGUGUGUGUGUGUGUGUGUGUGUGUGUGUGUGUGUGUGUGUGUGUGUGUGUGUGUGUGUGUGUGUGUGUG